GUUCAUGCUUUGAUAGAGUACAACACAUUAGGUCAGAUCCUCUCACCCACUUCCGCCCUGCUCGUCUACUCGCGCGACAUACAACAACACGUCGACCACCUACGACGCGUCUUCGAAAUUCUUCGACGAGAACGAUUGUACGUCAAACUAUCCAAGAGCGACUUCGCCCUCGAAAAAAUCCAAUUCCUCAGACAUAUCGUAAGCGCUCAAGGAGUUCACGUCGACCCCAAGAAAAUCGAAGCCCUGGGUACGUGGAAGACACCCAAGAACGUGAAGGAGUUACAGCAGUUCCUUGGCUUUGCUAACUACUACAACAGGUUCGUGCCACAAUACGCGAAGAUCGCCGCGCCACUCACGAAUCUGCUAAAGAAGAACACGCCCUAUAAAUGGGAGCCACAACACCAGGACGCCAUGGAGCAGCUGAAACAAGCACUCACGUCCGCACCCGUACUCAUCUUGCCAGACCCCGAACGUGACUAUGUCAUCGAAGCUGAUGCCAGCGACCAGGCAGUGGGAGCAGUCUUGAUGCAAGACCAGGGGAAUGGCCUGCAACCAAUUGCCUACCUCAGCAAAAAAUUAUACGGGGCAGAACUCAACUACCCGAUACACGACAAAAAGGCCCCUGCUAUAAUCAUCGCCUUCAAAACGUGGAGAUGCUAUCUUGAAGGACGCAAGGCAACAGUCUACACCGACCAUUGCAGCCUAAAAUAUUUGAAGACGCAACCAAUCCUCUCCAGGCGGCAGAAGUUACGAAGAAAUGUUUGAUGGAUUUGUUACAACUCAUUGGAAGUCCUUGUCAGCUGCUACACCAAAGUUGGAGAGCCCUAUAACGAGGAGGGACCAGCAUGUGUGGGACUUUUGUCCCCACCUUGCAGCUGCAGCAUUUGGGGUUUGGAGGCCAA